AUGGCUGCCCAGUCAGUUACGUGGUUCUCGGACCUGCUACCCCAAGUAAUACCUUCUGCUGAAACCGGAAAUGGUGGAAAUGGUAAACCCUUGGAAAGGAUCAUCACACCGGAUUCCCCAGGUGGUGUGGACGAGUUGGUAAGGUCUGAACAAACUAUCAGGGCAGACGUUCCAAACGUGAUAAUCAGUGGUGCAAUGUCAAAUGCCGAAAUCCUGGCACAUCUUGGGAAACAUGGCUGCAUCGAGGUAACCAACGAUAUCGAUGCAUCCAAGUCCAUAGAUUACCCAGUCGUUGCUGGUGGAUUUGGCGACAUAUACCGCGGCAUGCUUUACGACGGCACUCAAGUUAGCAUCAAAUGCCUAAGACUCAUGCUCGACUCGGGGACCACAGGAAGGAAACAUGUCAAGCGAGCCGCACACGAGCUGUACGUGUGGUCAAAGUGUAACCAUCCGAAUGUUUUGGAAGUCUACGGAGUUGCCCGAUAUCGAAAUCAGAUUGCUAUGAUUUCGCCGUGGAUGGAGAACGGGAACCUUAGCCAAUUUUUGUCUCGGCGGCCUCAAGUGGAUCGAUGUGCUUUGUGCAUACAAAUUGCCGAUGGUGCUGCAUACUUACAUAGUCAAGGUAUUGCGCACGGUGAUAUCAAAGGGGUGAAUGUACUAGUAGCGCAUGAUUAUACCCUCAAGCUCGCCGAUUUUGGCAACGCAAGUUUAAAGGAGUAUUCUCUACAAUUCACUACUACGGCAAAUGCGUUGAAUAUUUCACCCCGUUGGACGGCACCAGAGGUUGUAUUUGGCGACACCGGCCACAGCGUCGAGGCUGACGUUUACGCGCUGGGCAUGACUAUUCUGGAGGUGAUUACUGGGGCAGUACCUUACGCUGGCAUUAGCGACGUUACAGUCUUUGCCAAAGUUAUGCAGAAUAUCCAGCCUACGCGACCAGAGCAACACAUCCCGUCCGGAAACCCACAGGCCGACUUCCUAUGGGCGCUUUUGACGACCUGUUGGGCAAUUAGCCCCCGGGAUCGGCCAAGCGCGGCUAGCGUAGGAGAUCAAAUGAAACUAAUCACGCAAGAAGGGCUGUUGAGCAAGGCCCGCUGGAUUCCAUAUUCGGUCCUGGAGCUAUCCACGUCUUGA